GGAGCGAGAGAGAGAGAGAAAGAAGGAAGCCAUUUUGGUUCCUCAGUGACAUGUCCGCCUGCUUUCUGCUUUCUUCUCUCUGGUUUCUGCUCGUGGAAAGACCCUUGCAGACACAGAAAGCGGCAGGUCAAUUUUUUUGAGGAAGUAAAACUUUGUGGCAGUUAUUUGAUUUUCUGAGAAUCAUCAAGAAAAGUUUGGUUUUGCGUUUCGCAGGAAAGAGCGGCAGAGGAGGGAGUGAGGCCUGUAAACCUCUGACUGAAGAAGAGCAGCAGGACUGGGAAAUAAAAGACUUGUCUUUAGGUGAUCCACUCAGAUGGUCUCCUCUCGUUAACGGUCUUUGGUUUGACUUUACGUUGAGGACACAGGAUGAGCUCUGGUCGAGUGCCGUCCAGGGCGGAGGUGACGGGGUGGAGCCCACAGCAGCUGGCAGACUACCUGAAGAGGAUGAGUCUGUCUGGCUGUGAUAAGGUGGUGCUGAAGCACUCCAUCAGCGGCUCCAGAUUUGUGAACCUGAGUGAGAACGACCUCCAGAAAUUCCCCAAACUUCACGCUCCGAUGAUCUCUAAGAUCAGCACUGAAAUCAGCAAGAAGGAGGAGAAGAGAGGCCUGUUUGGUAAAAAACCAACGCCCAAAUAUCAUGAACCAGAUGUGGCUGCUGAUGUUCAGGGCUGGGGUGAAGACGAGUUUGAUGAUGAAGAAUUUGAUGAUGACUACGAGAGUCCGUACAGUGGUGAUGAGGAGGGCAGCGGAGGAGAUUACGAGUCCCCAAACGAUGACCAGGACUGUGCCAAUGAUUAUGAGCCUCCACCCACCGAGCCUCCAGAGGACCUGGCCCUCAAGCUGUGCCCCACCCUGCCCAUUGGAGACAGUGAUUAUAUCGAUAACCAUGUGUCAUCCCGAGGCCCGCCCCCUGCUGUGUGUCCCCGCCCCCCAGCCUCCACCCUUUCUGCACCCUCUCCCCGCAUGCCGGGAGAGUCACUGUCCUCUAGAAGAGACCACUCUCCACACUGCGGGGGGAGAAAAUUUCCUCCAGGGCCGCCGCAGAUCUUUCGUGAAAACAAACCAGGCAGAAGUUCAGGAUCCAACCUGUCCCCUGUCAGAGGAACUAAUCGCAACACAGUGGAAAGGGGGGGGACGCAGCCUUGGAGGCCUCAGACGGACACUCCGGAUCCUCCCAACUGGUCCAAACCUCCUGUUCUUCCUCCGUCCUCCACCUCCGUCAGCAGGAGCAACUCCGCAGCCAGACCUCCUGCCAACAGGUUUGAUCCAAGGAGGGAGCAAACACAUGAUGAAGCACUGAAACACAACACCUUCCCCCUCCACAAUAAAAGUCUGCCACCCCGUCCUGGACCCCACGGGCUCCCCUCACGGCAAGCAGACAGUUUGCCUCCCAGCAUUCCCUCUGCAGGUUCUCUGCCUCACAAACUGCAAUCUGCGAUUGCUGAACAGAGAGGCAGUUUUAUAGGAUCAGACAGACCGUCGUUUCGUCCUUCUCUACCCACAACAGCACCAAAACAGGACCUGGACCCGCGCUGGUAUGUGGGUAAAGUGACCAGAGGUCAGGCAGAAGGAUGUCUGAAACAAGUCCGCAAGGACGGGGCGUAUCUGGUGAGGGACAGCACCCGGCAGCUGGCCAAUCAGCCCUUUACCCUGAUGGUCUACUACCAGGACAAAGUCUACAACAUCCAGAUCAGACAGCAGAACCAGAAAUUCCUGCUGGGAACCGGACUCAAAGUCCAGGAGUCUUUCCCCUCAGUGAGUGACAUCAUCGGCCAUUACUCCCAGUCUCCUCUGCUCCUCAUCGACGCCAAGAACCGCACCUCCAGCCAACAGAACCAGUGUCUGCUCUCAGACCCAGCCGGAUACUACAUGACCAGACAUUAAACGUCCUGACCGGAUAAACCGGAGCACAGAACUAAACCAGAGAGAAACCCGACAGGCAGAAUUCAGAUGAAUGUUCACCUCAAAUGUUACAUUAGCAGGAGCGUUGAUAUGUUUGUGUUGUUCAUGUCAAGUUUUUUUUUCUGUUUUAACAAAUGACAAAUGUCAGAUUUUUGCACACGUUGCUUCAUUUGCUUAUUUUGACCAUUUACAAACUACAGUUUCAUCAUUGUGUCAGCUCUCUGUUCUUUGAGUUUGAAAGGUUGGAGACUGCAACAUUUGAUUCUAUAUUAACAUAUAACAUUGAACAUUUAAAUGUAAUAUUGAGAUUUAACAUUUAACAUUUAGAUUUAACAUUCAAAAGUUAGAUCCGAUAUUUAGAUUCAACAUUAAAAUUAAACAUUCAACAUUUAUAUUUAAUAUUCAAAAUUUAGAUUUAACAGUUAACAUUUAACAUUCAACAUUUAGAUUUAGUAUUAAGAAUAUAGAGCCAAUAUUUACAUUCAACAUUAAUAUUAAAAAUUCAACAUUUAUAUUUAAUAUUUGACGUUAAAUGUUUUAUUUUGAUCUAACAGUUAACAUUUAGGUUUAAUAUUCAAAAUUUACAUCCAACAUGUAUUAACAUGUAUUAACAUGUAACAUGAAUUGAAAAUGAAAUGAAAAAAAUGAGCUAAAUAUUUAAAAUACAUCAGAAAAUUGUAAACAAAUGUUUACAUUCCGCGCUCCAUAUGAGACGAUAAACCUUUCAAUAAAAAGUCUAAAACAUUUCCGAUCGGAAGUUUUAGAUUUAAAUGUACAUCAGUACAUGAUUUUGGAUAAAUGCUGUAUGUCUAUAGCAUUUAGUUAAAGUACAUUCCACAUUCAAACUAUGCAUGUUAAUGGCUAAAACCUUCCUUGUUCUGUCUUCAGCUAAGCUAAAAAAAUAUCCCAGGUUUCAUGAUUGUAUUUACAGCUCCAUUUUGUUUGUUACAGAUGAAGUCUCAAAGUCUUCCAGUAUUCAGGCUCCAUUUUGUGCCUUCUGUUUGGGACGUUUUCAAUUCAGUGUAAAUGUGUCAGAUUUGACUUGUUUGUCCCUCAGCUGUUUCAUUAAAACCUUGUGAAAACAA